AUGGCUGAUCAGGAAAUCGGUUCCGCUGCUGCGGCUCACGAACCGCCCCACGUCUACAAGGCCAACGAUGGCUACGAUGCAUCCGUGCGGCAGGAGGUUCCCGCCACUCUACAGACCUCGACUACACAAGAACUGAUCGAGGAUGACGAGGAAGACUACGACGAGAUCUUCAACUCCGACGAUGACGACCUCGACGACGACGGCGCUGGCAACCUGACCAAGAACUACAACCGACAGAGACAACUCAUCGAUGGAGGCGCCGCAGUGCCAAGGUCAAACCAACAGAAGCCCGCUGCCAACACUUUUGCCAGCGUCGACGAUCAAAUCAAGACACUUUCCAAGCAUGCUGCCAAGAUUCGUCUCGACGAUGUCAAGGAAUCCCAGGAUAGGGACAAGGACAAGGCGGAUCGCGCCACGAGCGAGCAAGUUUUGGACCAGGGAACCAGAAUGAUUCUUCUGCGACUCAUCCACAAGGGAGUCGUGGGCGAGAUCAAUGGUGCCAUCAGCACAGGAAAAGAGGCCAAUGUCUACGGCGCAGUUGGCGAAUUUGACGGCGUCCGCCUCAACAGAGCCGUCAAGAUCUACAAGACUGCCAUUCUGAGCUUCAAGGACAGAGAACGAUACAUUACUGGAGAGCACCGUUUCAAGUCUGGAGCUGCCAAGGGCAACAACCGCAAGAUGGUCCAGCUUUGGGCUGAGAAGGAGUUCCGCAACCUUCGGAGGAUACACGCCGCUGGCAUCUCAUGUCCAGAGCCAAUUCAGUUGAAGCUGCAUGUCUUGGUCAUGGGUUUCCUGGGAGACCGCAGAGGCUACGCCUACCCCAGAUUGCACGAUACUCGCAUUGACGGAGAUGACGCCGACCAGGUAUGGAGGUCCCUGUACCUCCAGCUUAUGGGAGUUAUGCGCCGCAUGUAUCAGGUCUGUCGCCUGGUCCACGCUGAUCUCAGCGAGUACAACAUUCUGUACCAUGACAGGAAGCUGUACAUCAUCGAUGUAUCCCAGAGUGUUGAGCAUGAUCAUCCCAGAUCUCUAGAGUUUUUGCGCAUGGAUAUCAAGAACACAGGUGACUUCUUCAGGAGGCAAGGCGUGGACACGUUAAGUGAUCGGACGAUUUUCGACUUUGUCACAGCCUCUGAGGGGCCAGUGGAAGAACCCGCCAUGCUGGAAAUCCUCGAGAAGCUGUACACGACAAGAUCGGCUGUGGAUGACACUGAGGAUGCCAGAGCUCAGGAAGAAAUCGACAACGAGGUCUUCAGAAACCAAUAUAUCCCCCAGACCCUUGAGCAGGUAUACGAUAUCGAAAAGGAUGCGCAGAAGAUUGGAGCUGGUGAGGGAGACCAGCUGGUCUACAAGAACCUUUUGGCUGAUCAAGCUGUUGCUCCUGGUACGACACCCACAGAGGACGAGGCAACAAGCUCAGAAGGCGAUGAGGAGGAAGGUGCUGCAUUGGAUAGCGAUGACAGCGAGGAUGAGAGCAGAUUUGAAAAGGGCACGCCGCGAGGCAAGCGCUUCAUUGAUAAGGAAGAAAAGAAGUCGCACAAGCAAGCGGUCAAGGAAGAAAAGCGGGAAAAGCGGAAAGAAAAGAUGCCCAAGCACCUCAAGAAGAAACUUGUGUCAUCUACCUCGCGGAGAAAGAAAUAG